GUUCUCCUUUAUUUCCAUUUUCCCAUUUUCUCAGAUUUUUCCUUUUUUCUUCCGCUCUUUCUUCAUUUUUGUUUUAUAUACAUUUUUUUUUGUCUUUUUUGUCUUUUAUUUUUUUUUAAUUCUACUUAGACUUUAUAUAUUAUAAACUUUCAUUCUACAAUUUAGUUACUAUGGCUACCAAUGAACCUCAAAUUAAUACACCACGCAAGAAACGAGUCAAAAUUGUCAGUGCAUGCGGUGAAUGUCGUCGUCGAAAAACCAAGUGUAAUGGUGAACUCCCUUGUCGAAGUUGUCAUAAAGCCGAUGUUCCUUGUGUAUAUCCUGCUGUAUCUCAUGCCGAAGACAAAAGGAAUCAUAUAUCCAAAGCUGCUCUGGAAGCCAUUGAAGAUAGACUGAAAGCUAUAGAAGAUAUGCUCCAUACCAUACUACGAUCACAGUCUUUUGUUGCCGAACUACCAGCCGCUGCUGUCAGCCAAUUCCUUAACAACAAAGAAUCUCCGUCUUCUUCUUUAUCCUUACCUCGAUCAUAUGAUCAAAAACAACCUCAACAAUCAUCAUCAUCUUCUUUUACUACUUUAACUUCAACACAACAACGAUCACAUUCAUCAUUAUUACGUUCUCCUCCUACACAAUUGAAUAAUACCUCCAACAAUGAAAAAGAUACCAAGGAUGAUGAUGAUUCUAAGAACAAUAAGAACAUCUCAACAAUAAUGUCUUCACCUGAUGUCAGAUUACCAUCUAUUCAUGAUUUAUCAGUCCAUCCAAUCUAUUCUGCACCAUUGGCCGAAAUCAAACAAGAAAAAGUCUUUAUCACGGAUUUGCCACCGCCUUUGGGAUAUACGUCAUAUUACAACUGUCGUUCUGAAAUUGGUUCCGAUGUUUCCAAUGAAACUAUUUUGGCAUCCAUCAAGAAAAGGAAACGAUCAUGAAACUCGUUAAUACUCACCCCUUAUUAUAAUUCUUAUUCUUAUUUUUAUCAUCAUCAUCUAUCAUUUUAUUUUUAUUAUUUAUUAUCAGUUAUUUUAUUAGUAUUUAGUCUCCCACAUUGUUAUAUUGCGUUUUUUUAAUACUUUUUCCCUCCUUCACAUUAUCAAACAAUAAGAAAACAUUCAAUCAUUGUUCCCCUUGCUUCCUCCCUUCUGUAGUACUUUCUCUCCUUUUUCAAUAAAAAAAAA